GGUUUGCUUUUUCAGGGUCUUGCUGCCCCAGGGGUUGCAAAGCUGAUAUGACCGGCACUGGAAUGGGAGUAAUUUGCUGUGGGGUGGUGCUGGGAUGGCCCCAUGGUGGUCUGGUGCCUGUCUGUUGGGUUUGUGAGGGCAGGUGCAUCCCGUGUGCUCCUGGGAAGCAGCGAUGGGCAUUUUCCCUCCUUCCUCCCGUUCUCAUCUGGCUGCUUGGCUUCUCUGUCCGCUUGCUCUGCCACCUCCAGCCUUCUGUCUCAGUGCUGAUGCUGCCUUAGUGGCCAUUCCCCUUUUGUUAUUCAUUUAUAUUGCUCUAGGAAAAGCUUUAUUUUCUCUCCAUAAAGAGCCUCCCUUGCAGUCUUUUCGCGUCUGUAGUGCUGGAGAGGUGUCUGGGAGCAUCGCUGCUGGCAUCUGAGCUUGGGAGCAGAGCUGGAGGGCACCUUGGCUCCAGUUGCUGUGGUAUCCAGGGAGCCCUCCUCCUUCUGCGGGAGAUGCACGCUGGUCGUUGCUAAGGUCGCCUCCGCGGUAACAUGCACAUCCUGUUUACACCUUUAUCCGGAGAAGUUGGGCUCGGUUAGAGGCACCCGCUUCACCCGGGCAGCCCCCAGGGAAGGGGUCACACCAAGCAUCCCCCCGCCGGACCCUCGAGGGAGGGUGCUGCAGGAGCCGCGAGCCGGCGUUGCCACCGCUGCGCCGGCAAGAUGACGAACAACGUGGCCGACCACCACCCUGGGAACUCGGUUGCUGAAGGCAACCAUGAGGGGGACUUUGGUUGCUCCAUGGUGGAGCUCAGGAACCUCAUGGAGCUGAGGAGUGCCGAGGCGGUCGCCCGGCUCAAUGACUCCUACGGCGGCGUGCAGAAUGUCUGCAAGAGGUUGAAGACGUCGCCAGUUGAAGGCCUGUCCGGGAACCCGACCGACCUGGAGAAGAGGCGGCAGGUCUUCGGCCAGAACUUCAUUCCUCCCAAAAAGGCCAAGACGUUCCUGCAGUUAGUGUGGGAGGCACUCCAGGACGUCACGCUCAUCAUCUUGGAAAUCGCAGCCAUAAUCUCCUUGGGCCUGUCCUUCUACCACCCUCCGGGUGGUGACAAUGAAUUGUGCGGCCAGUCGACGGGCGGCGUGGAGGACGAGGGCGAGUCGCAGGCCGGCUGGAUCGAGGGGGCGGCUAUAUUGUUUUCAGUGAUCAUUGUGGUGCUGGUGACAGCUUUCAAUGACUGGAGCAAGGAAAAGCAAUUCCGGGGCCUCCAGAGCCGCAUUGAGCAGGAGCAGAAGUUCACGGUCAUCCGCAAGGGGCAGGUGAUUCAGAUCCCGGUGGCUGAGAUCGUGGUGGGAGACAUCGCGCAGAUCAAGUAUGGUGAUCUCUUGCCUGCAGAUGGGAUCCUGAUCCAGGGCAAUGACCUGAAGAUAGACGAGAGCUCACUGACCGGGGAGUCAGACCAAGUCAAGAAAUCACUGGAUAAAGACCCCAUGCUGCUGUCAGGUACCCAUGUGAUGGAGGGCUCCGGCAGGAUGGUGGUGACUGCUGUGGGUAUCAACUCCCAGACGGGAAUCAUCUUCACUCUCUUGGGUGCGGGAGAAGGAGAUGAGGAAAAGAAGGUGAAGAAAGGUAAAAAAACUGGAGCCCCCGAAAAUCGCAACAAAGCUAAAACUCAGGAUGGUGUGGCCUUAGAGAUCCAGCCCCUGAAGAGCCAGGAAGGGGUGGAAAAUGAGGAGAAGGAGAAGAAGAAGGUGAAGGUGCCCAAGAAGGAGAAGUCUGUGCUGCAAGGGAAGCUGACACGCUUGGCGGUCCAGAUUGGGAAGGCGGGGCUGAUCAUGUCGGCCAUCACGGUCAUCAUCUUGGUGCUGUACUUUGUGAUCGACACGUUUGGGGUGCAGGGGCGGCCCUGGCUGGCGGAGUGCACCCCCAUUUACAUCCAAUACUUUGUCAAGUUCUUCAUCAUCGGUGUCACUGUGUUGGUGGUGGCUGUGCCCGAAGGGCUUCCGCUGGCAGUCACCAUCUCCCUGGCCUACUCUGUGAAGAAAAUGAUGAAGGACAACAACCUUGUGAGACACUUGGAUGCAUGUGAGACCAUGGGCAAUGCCACCGCCAUCUGUUCGGACAAGACAGGCACACUUACCAUGAACCGCAUGACUGUGGUGCAGGCCUACGUGGGGGACACCCACUACCGCCAGAUCCCUGACCCCGAAGCCAUCCUGCCCAAGAUCUUGGACCUCAUAGUCAACGGUGUCGCCAUCAACUCUGCCUACACGUCCAAGAUCCUGCCACCUGAGAAGGAAGGGGGGCUGCCCCGGCAAGUGGGGAACAAGACCGAGUGUGCCCUGCUCGGUUUUGUGCUGGACCUGAAGCAGGAUUACCAGGCUGUGCGGAAUGAGGUGCCAGAGGAGAAGCUCUACAAGGUCUACACCUUCAACUCGGUGCGCAAGUCCAUGAGUACGGUGCUGAAGAAUGGCAAUGGCGGCUUCCGCAUGUACAGCAAGGGAGCUUCCGAGAUCAUCCUCCGCAAGUGCACCAGGAUCCUGGACAAGAAUGGUGACCCCCGUGUGUUCAAGGUGAAGGACCGGGAUGAGAUGGUGAAGAAGGUGAUAGAGCCCAUGGCCUGCCACGGGCUGCGGACCAUCUGCCUGGCUUUCCGUGACUUCCCUGCUGACGCUGAGCCGGACUGGGAUAGCGAGAAUGAGAUUCUGUCUGAUCUGACCUGCAUCGCUGUGGUUGGGAUAGAGGACCCUGUGCGGCCAGAGGUGCCAGACGCCAUCCUGAAGUGCCAGCGUGCGGGGAUCACUGUCCGGAUGGUGACGGGCGACAACAUCAACACCGCCCGUGCCAUCGCCACCAAGUGUGGCAUCCUGCUGCCAGGGGAGGACUUCUUGUGCCUGGAGGGGAAGGAGUUCAACCGGCUCAUCCGCAACGAGAAGGGAGAGGUAGAACAGGAGCAGCUGGAUAAGAUCUGGCCCAAGCUGCGUGUGCUGGCCCGCUCCUCUCCGACAGAUAAACACACGCUCGUGAAAGGAAUUAUCGACAGCACUGUUGGUGACCAGAGGCAGGUGGUGGCCGUGACCGGGGACGGGACCAACGAUGGCCCAGCUUUGAAGAAAGCCGACGUUGGGUUUGCCAUGGGCAUCGCAGGCACGGAUGUGGCGAAGGAGGCUUCAGACAUCAUCCUGACGGAUGACAACUUCACCAGCAUUGUCAAGGCAGUGAUGUGGGGACGCAACGUCUACGACAGCAUCUCCAAGUUCCUGCAGUUCCAGCUGACUGUUAACGUUGUGGCUGUCAUUGUGGCCUUCACGGGCGCCUGCAUCACGCAGGACUCUCCCCUGAAGGCUGUCCAGAUGCUGUGGGUGAACCUGAUCAUGGACACCUUUGCCUCCUUAGCCCUGGCCACAGAGCCUCCGUCUGAGUCCCUGCUGCUGCGCAAGCCGUAUGGCCGCAACAAGCCACUCAUCUCCCGCACCAUGAUGAAGAACAUCCUGGGGCAUGCGGUGUACCAGCUAACUAUCAUUUUCACGCUGCUUUUUGCGGGGGAGAAGUUUUUUGACAUCGACAGUGGCCGAAACGCCCCACUCCACUCCCCGCCCACUGAGCACUACACCAUUGUCUUCAACACCUUUGUCAUGAUGCAGUUAUUCAAUGAGAUCAACGCACGCAAGAUCCACGGGGAGAGGAAUGUCUUCGAGUCCAUCUACCGCAACCCUAUCUUCUGCACGGUGGUGCUGGGGACAUUUGCAGCCCAGAUCAUCAUUGUGGAGUUUGGUGGGAAGCCGUUCAGCUGCUCCGGGCUCACCCUGAGCCAGUGGUUCUGGUGUAUUUUUAUCGGAGUGGGAGAGCUCCUCUGGGGCCAGCUGAUCUGCACUGUCCCAACCAGCCACCUGAAGUUCCUGAAAGAAGCUGGGCAUGGCAUCACCAAGGAGGAGAUCCCAGAGGAGGAACUGCCUGAAGACGUGGAUGAGAUCGACCAUGCCGAAAUGGAGCUGCGGCGCGGGCAGAUCCUGUGGUUCAGGGGUCUCAACAGGAUACAGACGCAGAUGGACGUAGUUUACACAUUCCAGACCGGCGCCUCCUCUUUGCAGGGAGCCCUCAGGAGACAGCCUUCCAUCGUGAGCCAGCACCACGAUGUAAAAAAUGUUUCUAGCCCAACCCAUAUCAAAGUGGUGAAUGCGUUCCGUAGCUCCUUGUACGAAGGCCUCGAGAAACCCGAAUCCAGAAGCUCCAUCCAUAACUUCAUGACUCACCCAGAGUUCAUCCUGGAGGAAGAUGAGCCUCAAACACCAUUCCUUGACGGCGCUGAAGAUGACCCUGAGACUGACGGACUCAAAAAGCGAGGUGGGGGUAGCCUGGGUGGAUCUACAUCCCUCAACAGAAAUAACAAUGCAGUGGACAGCGAUCAAGCUGAGGUCACCGUCCCGGAGCCUGAAAGCCCCUUACACAGCUUGGAGACAUCGGUUUGACCUUAGAACUUCGAACCCCCCUCCUCCUCCACCUUCGCCCCUCGCCCUGUGUGAUAUUGGCACCAGUAACUGAUCACACACUGCGGUCACUUCGUGUCAAACUGCUCAUACGUAUAUCUUUUUUUUUUUUUUUUUUUUUUUU